GGUUCACAUGCGGCACGGAAGAGAAUAUGUGUUUGAAAGGUGGGAAUUUCCCCUUCCUCCAAGGCAACCUACCGAGAAGGGCGGGGGUCUAAGAACACCCCGCCUCCAGCAGCCAGCCAAUAGGUGCGCCCCCAGCCCAGUGAGCGACAAUGUUGUCGUGGAACUUGCUUCUAGAUCCUCUAUCUAGAAGGCGUCACGUAGGCCACUCGAGUCUCUACGGCAACGCUGGUCCUGGGUCCGGGACAAGCUCAGCCUUCAGGAACCCCACAGGCCCCGUACAGAGAAGAGCAGGUCCAUCCUGGCCACUAUGUUCCUCACCAUUAGUCUCCGCCAGGGAUCGGUGACAUUCCAGGAUGUGGCUGUGGACUUCACUCGGGAGGAGUGGGACCUCCUGGACCCCUCCCAGAAGGAGCUUUACUGGGACGUGAUGCUGGAGAACUAUAGGAACCUGGUCUUCCUGGGUAAGAAUGGCUCCUGUGGGACCCCAGAUGUCCUCAUGAAGGGCUUAUUGAAAAACCCCAGCCCUUGUUCAUUUCAGAAGGGCCAAAGCCAGGGUGCUCAUGAUUUCCUCGGUCCUGGAUGAAGGGCUCUUGCUUUGUGUGUCUGGAAACUAAUUUCUCCCUGGUGU